ACUGGGUGACGUGCCUCCGCUGAACGGUUCUUUAUCGCUCCGUCUCCCCUGCCCAUGAUGAUCACACAUCCCUUCCUCCCUCCGCGCUGUGACCGUCUGUAGUUUGCGCUAAGUGGUGCUAUUAUUGCAAACUGCCAACGUGUGACGAGGAGCCGCCUUGCAAGCUUCUGAGGGGAGCGUGUCGUCACCACCAUGUCCUUCGGUUCAGCAAGAUCGGGGUACGGCGAGGCGAUGGCCGCCAGCGGUUACGGCGUGUCUCGCUACGUGGACUGUAACUCGGCCUUGGCCCUGAUCGGCUUCAUACUCUUCGUGGACAUACUCAGAGACAUCAUCGAGGACGUGACGACCCCGCCGCCCAUGCGGCGCAGGAAGCGGUGGGUAGGCGGGUGGUGGGCCGAGCCAGACAUCCUCACCUUCAUCAGCGAGGGCGGCAGCGACCACCUGUACGACGCCCUGCCGCGCCUCCUCCCACCUCUCUUGGAGAACUGGUGGGACGGCGACGUGGACUGCGUACAGACGAGAAUAUGCGAGACGAACCGCGCCCUGACGCUAGAAUACGGCGUGGCGGGAAGGGUGUUUGGUACUCUGUUCAGCAACGUCAUGAGUCGAGUGUUACCUGGGGAAACGUCAGCGAUACUGGAGGCGGCAAAAGAGGGUCGACGCUCCGACCAGACUUGCGCCUCGGCCUUCCCCGCCUGCCGCAUUCACACCCACAACGCCACUUCGACCAGGCUGACCCAAGGAGCCUAGAUGAUCCUUAAUUAAGCCUGCCCCAGCCCGCCCCAGCCCACCUCAAUGACCCAGACAACGGACUCGAUGCAGACCCUACCACGAUGUUACAGUCAUUAUUGUUUCAUUAGCAAUUGUUACUCAUCAGAUAAACUACAAUAACGAUGAAAAUACAUAAAUUAUGAUGAUGAAAUUGUGGUCCCUCGUUGUUUUAAUGAGAUGUGUAAGUGACGUCUGGUAUAUGUUUGGAAAUAUACUAUUCUUAUACAAUAUA